AUGAAGUUGUUUCUUGCACUAGUGGUCUGCCUGCAGCUGUUUACGUCCUGGGCUAUGGCAUUAAACUCUUACGUAGCAAUAGCAUGUAAUGGGCAAGAAGCACUAGCUGUGGCAGAACUGGCAGUUGACCACAUCAACAAAGACCGAAAGCAUGGAUACAAGUUAAGCCUGGACAGAAUAGAAAAUGCCCAGGAAAUGAAGGAGGCAAAUGAGACUACUGUCCAUUAUUUGGAUAUUGAUGUCCGAGAGACUAAGUGCCCUGCGCUGAGCAAUAAACCCCUUACGGAUUGUGAAAUCCGAUCAUUCAAGGAAACUAAAGUGGAAGGAGAUUGUAAGGUAAUCGUUGAGACCAAAUCCGGAGCUCCUGGUCACGUGAAAGGCUACAGGUGCGAAAUAUCUCCAGAUUCAGCCGGAGAUGUUUUUGAAAAAUGUCCUGAAUGUCCACACCUAAUACUUAAAAAUAGCGCUGAAGCUCAACAUGCUGUACAGGUCUCACUUGAAAAAUUCAAUCACAUUAACAACCAUAAACACGCCUUUGAACUUGAAGAAGUAACACGAGCUUCCUCAAAGGGUCCUCAGACUGCAGUGUUGGUGGAAUAUAUCAUUCGUGAGACACCAUGUACCAGAGAUAGUGAUGUGUGUCCUACAAUUGCCCUUUUAGAUCCUGAUCAUGGAUUCUGUGCAGCCACUGUCACUCCUGUGAAUUCUACUGAUGAGACAAUUGAGGUAGCUUGUGAGCUCUACGCCAGUAAGGGUGCUGGAUCAAAGAGUUCUCAUAUUCAAUAA